UACAUCCGGUCUCGUGUAACCAACCACGCUGAGGCACGUCAUGUUACGACACUUUUUGAAAAUGUCAGUGUCUGUAGCUGUGAUUCUUGCUCUCCUCUGUCACCAGCUUCCCUUUUCUGCCUGUCAAGACAGCGGAGAUGAUGAGCAGACGUAUGCAUUUGAGCCGGAAGAGAGAUUCUUGGAUAUUUUCCCGUUAACAGGGGAAAACUUCACAGAAAGCGUGUUAAAAUCAAGUGAUGCGUGGAUUGUCAUCUUUCAUAGCGGGCAGAUGAAGAAGAGCUGGAAAUCAAUGGCCGUCAAUCUAAGGGGCGUUGUGUGGGUGGGGAUGGUGGACACGCGAUCCGAGGCGGAUCUGUUGGAAAACAUGAAAUACAAGGUUAAUCAUGAUCCCGAGGCAAGAGUGUAUCCACAUGGACCCCUAUCAUUGAAGAAAAAGUCCUGGGUAAAUGCAAAAAAUCCCAAUGAGGCUCGCUUACUGGCUGUGGAUUCUAUCCCAGACAGUUCCCUCAAGAUCAAAGGGAAGAACCUGCAGGAAUUCCUGGUGGACUGCUUCAUGUCUAAGCCGUCCCGCUUUCCUCUGAUCCUUCUGACAGAUGAGACAGACACUCCAGUGUUAUAUAAGGCCAUCUCUCACAGAUUCAAGCGGUACUUCAACGCUGCUCGGAUAGUGAGACCCACCCUGGAUGACUACAAAUUCCUGGGGAUGGAGGACAGCUUCUUUGAUACACCCCUCUUGUUUGUACUUCUACCUGAGGUCAAGGAGAAAAAAACUAAGGAGACACAAGACAUGGGCUUCAGUGCCGUUGUGUUUGAAACCAAGAAGAUGGGAGACCUAAACUACCCUAACAUCCUGCGAUACUUGUUCGGUGUCAAUAAUUCGUACAGACACACUCUUCCAGGGGAUAACCAAUCCAACCUACAGGAAGUGGCCGAGAUGUUGGACAUUGUAAAUAUCGAGAGUAAAAGAUUUGAGGUUGAAAAGCCAAAAUCAAGACCUGGAACAGAUGAUAACAAUAUUAAGUUCACCAUGUCAAAGACUGUCCGUGACGAGUUAUAGGGAAUUCUCUAUACCUCAAGCAGGUCAUUGUUUACAGCUUCACGUUACCAGGUUGUUCUGUCAUUUUAUUCUAUCCAUCUUUCUCAUAAUGUGUGUAUAAUAUACUUAUACUGUGUAUACGAUGCUUGCCCAUAAUUCAUGUCACUAAAACUGGUACUUAAACCUUCUUCCAUCUACUGCACUUUAAACAAUUUACAAUCCUUUUCUACGCAUCUUGUGUCUUUUAUAUAGUUUUUACCAGUAUUGAUUUACUUGCUACUGAUUAAACAUGUGAGUGUAAUCAGAAUGAAGUCUUUCCAAAAUGUAGAACUUUGUAUAUGUAAACAUCAUGUACAUAUAUUUUUAUAAAUCAUUGUUGCUUUGUAUUGAUUUUAUAUGCAUUUAGAUACAUGACAUAUACAUAUUUUUUUUAUUUUUGUAAUAAAGAAUGCAACAGAA